AUGGUUCUGGAUUCGUGGUCAAUCGUUGCCAUUGUUCAGCUAGCCGCUUACAUCCCAGCAAUUUGUCUCGCUAUCUACAUAUGCAAUCUCCAUGGCUUCAGCAAAAGUUCAGGAUGGUACUAUACGGUCACCCUGUCUGUCUGUCGCAUAGUUGGAGCUGCUUGUCAGCUUAUCUCCAUCGACAACAAAUCUACAGGUCUCCUGGAGGCUGUGAUGAUCCUCAACCAUAUCGGCCUGGUCCCCUUGAUGCUGUCGACUCUAGGGAUGUUGUCGAGGUUAGCCGACGUCAUCAAUGCCCAGUUGACCGACCCAGCUAUCUCGAUUAGGUACUUCCGGUUGAUGCAAUUGAUUAUGCUGCUUGGAGCCGUGUUUGGAAUCAUUGGUGUCGAGAGCAAAUCAUCAAGCGGCACCUCUCCCUCUGCUUGGUCAUACGCUGGCGUUCUCUGCUAUGCAGCAGGGUUUUGUUUGCUGGUAGGAAUUCUGGCCAAAUCAAUAUCGGUCGUACGCCUGGCGCCUACGAGAGAGCGUAUCCUCGUACCAGCCGUCGGCCUCGCUCUCCCGCUCGUAUUUGUUCGGCUGUUGUACCAGAUUUUGUUGGUGUUUGUCCAUUCGGGGCAUUUCGUGUUGAUCAAAGGAUCGGUACUUGUCUUUGUCUUCAUAACUUAUAAUGAGGUCAGCUCUCGAAGGUAG